CUCCCCCGUCUUUCCCUCUUUGUCCUAACUGUACACGCUCUGUCAUUUUCUUUCUUUCUCACAGUCUCCACAGUUGGAGAUAUUUUCUCUCUACACUUCUUUUUAAAGCUAAAUUUCGUCAAAUCAACGUGUACUUAUUCUAACUGAGACAGCUUUUGAACUUCAUUUUUGGAUCUAAAUCAGAUCAUUUCGUUGUUAUUUCUCUUUUGUUUGCUCGGGACUGCUUUGUAUGUGAAUGACACAAGUUUUCUAAAGGCUUGAAGAGAGAAUUAACGUUUGAUCUUUGCUAUUCAGUAUUGUAAUUUCUUGGAUCAAUUUUUUGAGUUUGUUACUUCUAGAUGGCGAUAGACUUAGGUUCUCUGAUGGAGAGAUCGUUAGCAAUUUAUACGUCUGAUCACAAAUCAGUGGUGUCAAUGAACUUGUUCGUUGCACUUCUUUGCGCAUGUAUUGUGAUCGGUCAUUUACUGGAGGAAAAUCGCUGGAUGAACGAGUCAAUCACGGCUCUAGCUAUUGGUUUGGGUACCGGUGUUGUUAUUUUGCUGACAACUAAAGGAAAGAGUUCGCAUCUCAUGGUGUUUAGUGAAGAUUUGUUCUUCAUUUAUCUUCUUCCACCUAUUAUAUUUAAUGCAGGGUUCCAGGUGAAGAAGAAGCAAUUUUUUCGCAACUUUAUGACCAUCAUGCUAUUUGGGGCAGUUGGCACUCUUAUAUCUUUUGUAAUCAUAUCAUUAGGUGCUAUACACUUUUUCAAGAAAAUGAACAUUGGUACCCUCAAAAUAGGAGAUUAUCUUGCAAUUGGAGCAAUAUUUGCUGCUACAGAUUCAGUUUGUACCUUGCAGGUUCUGAAUCAGGAUGAGACGCCUUUAUUGUAUAGUCUGGUGUUCGGGGAAGGUGUGGUAAAUGAUGCCACAUCUGUAGUUCUUUUCAAUGCAAUCCAGAGCUUUGACCUCUCUCACAUCAACUCAAGCAUAGCUUUGCAAUUUGUUGGAAAUUUUUUGUAUUUAUUUAUUGCAAGUACAAUGCUGGGGGUUCUGGCUGGACUGCUUAGUGCAUUCAUUAUCAAAAAACUGUAUAUGGGCAGGCACUCUACCGAUCGUGAGGUUGCUCUGAUGAUACUCAUGGCUUACCUUUCAUAUAUGCUGGCCGAAUUAUUCUAUUUAAGUGGCAUUCUCACUGUAUUUUUUUGUGGGAUUGUUAUGUCACACUACACAUGGCAUAAUGUGACUGAAAGUUCAAGAGUAACAACCAAGCAUGCUUUUGCCACUCUGUCAUUUGUUGCAGAGAUCUUUAUCUUCCUUUAUGUUGGCAUGGAUGCCUUGGACAUUGAGAAGUGGAGGGUUGUAAGUGAUAGCCCUGGAAAAUCUCUUGGCGUAAGUGCAGUACUGUUGGGACUGGUACUUGUUGGGAGAGCGGCUUUCGUUUUCCCCUUGUCCUUUUUAUCCAACUUGACCAAGAAAUCUCCAUACGAGAAAAUUGGCUUGAAGCAACAAGUUACCAUUUGGUGGGCUGGUCUUAUGCGUGGUGCUGUUUCCAUGGCACUUGCUUAUAAUCAGUUUACCAGUUCAGGCCAUACUAAGUUGCAUGGGAAUGCGAUCAUGAUCACCAGCACAAUCACCGUUGUUCUUUUCAGCACAGUUGUGUUUGGGUUGAUGACUAAACCACUGGUGAGGAUUUUGCUUCCUUCCUCAAAAACCUUAUCCAGGAUGGAGUCUUCUGAGCCAUGUACUCCAAAAUCCUUCAUUGUGCCACUUCUUGGGAACAGACACGACUCAGAAGCCAACCACAAAAACGAAAAUGUGCCUCGUCCAACUAGCUUACGGAUGCUCUUGAGCACCCCGUCUCACACUGUUCAUCACUAUUGGCGGAAAUUCGACAAUUCCUUCAUGCGGCCGGUGUUUGGUGGCCGAGGCUUUGUACCUAUAGUUCCUGGCUCACCGCUUGAACAAACUGUUAAUCAAUGGCAGUGAGAAGGGAAUUCAAACAACAAAGGCACUAAUUUAUAGUAACUUGUAGCUUGGGCUUGAGAGUGAGCGGCUUUGAGUGUGCCAUUUUGUUAAUAGUAAAAGGAUUUUGGAGGCGGGGUUUUGACAGCAUUUUGAUUGGGUGUGGCAGCAGCGGCAGCAGCAGCUUGCAAUUUGAUUUGAUUGUGGGGUGAUUCUCAAGUUUUGCGGUCUAUAUUGGUUGCCAACGAGAUUGUAUUCCUAACAGUAAGGUUCCUACUAAUUUUUGUAUUGAUUGUAAUCCAAUAGUAUAUGAAUUUUGAUUAUCCAGUGAUUUCUCAAAUGCCUAAAGUAGCUUUAUCAUGAUAGUUGUUUUCAUGGAGUUGCCUGAAUCCGCAAAAUCGACUGCAACAACUUAGCUAAUCUCUAAUUUUUCAAUUGAGAGAUCA